AUGGGUGCGCCCAUCACGUCACUCGAGGCUGUUGUUUCUGUGCUUUCGGCUAUUGAGAGACAGCAGAAGAAGAAGAGAAACAAGACACAGGGAAAGGAAUUGGAAUUGGAAAAGGAAGAUAUGUCCGGCGAGUUGCAGACGAUUCCUGCGCGUCAUGGCGUUGCGACGUUUGUGCCGAGGGGCAGGACGAUCAAGGUCAUCAAUACUUAUGGCAAGCAGGUUGUGAGCAUGUGGGCGUUUAGUCUGGGUGCGCCGCCUGAGGAGGGAGAAGGAGAGGGUGAGGCGGAAGACAUUGAUGAGGAUAAGGUGCGGGAGGAGGCUGAGGGGUUGAAGAAUGCUGUUGAGGGAAAAGACGGGGGAAUGGAGUCUGGCGAGAAGGAUGAAAAGAUAGAGAAGAAGGACAGGGAGGAAGAUACCAACGAAGCGGAUAAGACAAAGCCAGACGACGACGAUCCACCGGAGCAAGCUCCCGACACACCAGAGAACGAGAAGACGACAGAAACCACCGCAUCUUCUUCAAAGCAGCCUACGAAGCGCACAUGGGGCUCUUAUCUCCCGUCUAUUCCGUAUCGCAACAAAGGGGCACCGAAGAAGGAAGAGGGCGAGAAGAAGCCCAGUGCACAAGAUGAGAAGACGCAAAACGAAGCCAACACCAAGAAGUGGUCUUCUUAUCUGCCUACAGGCAAAGGAUUCUCAAGCUACGUGCCAAACGUCCAGAUCCCAGACUCGAAGUCUGCCAUUUCCGCCUUCCAGUCGAGCCACAACCGCGACCCGAACAAGAGCUAUGCAGAACAGCUCCACCCAUGGAAUACCUCUCCCCUCCCCCACACACGCGCCUCCUCGCACAAACUCGUCCCCGAAGUCGACGAUAUCCUCCUUACCAACCUCCGCAACCCGAUCAUCACCCUCGUCGAAGAUACAACGCCCGGUGCUCAUGACACGCUCACCGCCGCAUGCGAUGCAAACCUAUACAGCGCGCUAGGUACAGACAAACCAGAAGAACACGGCAGCUGUGCAGAAAACCUCGUCCUCGCACUCAAGGAACUGAACGAAGGCGCAGGCCUCAAGGGCGCAAAAGCAAUCGGCGCAGAUAUCACUGUAAACAUCGCACCCACGCCUCUGCACUUAUUCAUGAACGCGCCCCUCGACGUAGCAAACAUCAGCAGCAUCGACGGAGCGGGCGCGAAGGGCGCUAUCCUUAGCGUCGACGAGCCAAAGGGCAAGAAACGGAGCUACGUGCGCUUCAGAGCUGAUCGUGACGUUGUAGUCGUGUUCAGCGCGUGUCCAAUGGAUGUGGGCAAGCAGAAUGGUGGGCGUUGCAUGGCGGCAAAUUUCAUGGUUGAGGAUGUGAAGGAGGGGGAGGAUUUGGCUAGUAGUGUGGCGUCACUCAAUAACACUGGCAAGAAGGGCACGCCGAAGCAAUCCAGUAGCGAGAAGCAUGUGGAGAAGAAGCCUGAGAUUGAUGUGAAGGGAGAAGAACAGAAGCAAGAUAUCGAGCAAGACUUUGAACAGCCAAAAAUCGACGCAGAGACCAAGGAUACCACACAAGAAAAGACGACCCCACAAGAGUCCAAACCUACCAAAAAGUCUCCGCCGAAGAAACUCGAGCGCAAACCCUCUGAGAAACCCGCGGAAAAACAACCGGCCCAAGUUGACUCGACCAAAUCAGACGAGUCCAAGCCCAAGAAGAAGCCCAAGAAACUCCAGGUUCGCAGUAGCGCUACGCCUGCGCCGGCGUAA